AUGUGCGACAACCAUCGUGGCAUUUCCUUGCUCUGGAGUCCUGGUAAGAUCUUGGAAAGACUCUUACUCAACUGCCUUAUCUGCCACCUAGAAAAAGGCCUCCCCAAGUCUCAAUGUGGCUUCUGCAAGGACAGAGGAACAGUCCAUGCGAUAUUUGCAGCAUACCAACUCCAAGGGAAGUGUCAAGAGCAUAAUGAUAAGAUUUAUUGCAAUUUUCUCGACCUAACCAAGGAAUUGAGCAUGGAAGGCCUCUGGAGAAUCAUGCAGAAGUUUGGCUUCCAAAUGACACGUCAGUUACACAAUGGAAUGCAAGCUCAGGUUCAGAACAAAUAUAGGGUCCAAGAGACACUGCCAUCACCAGUCUGCAAAUUCCUCUUUGCUGACAAUUGUGCUCUCAACGCCAAAAGUGCAGCGGACAUGCAGUUCAGCAUGGACCGCUAUGCCCAAGCCUGUCGCAACUUUGGCUUAACUAUAAGCACAAAGAAAAUUGUGUUGCACCAGCCACACCCUGGAGAGGACCCUAUUGACCAAGCGUCCUUUCUAAGGGGAAUGCUUAAAUGUGGACUACUUCACAUACCUGGGCAGCACUCUCUCAAGACAAAUCCAUAA